GUCAGGGUCAAACUGUCACUGCCUUUGUGUUCAACAAGAAAUAUUGUAUUUAUUUUAAUAUUAUUGCUUACCGCAGUCCUGUAGUGCUUCAAUCAAAGGAAAGAAUGACAUUUAUACAGCUGUACAAAGGCGUCGUCCUCUUACUAUUAAUAUUUAUAAAAGAUUCUGAUCAGAUUGAUGAUGAAAAUCGACCUUAUGAAUUUGGAUUCACAAUCGACGGUCAACAGCAUCGCUACGAGAAAAAAGAUGUUAAUGGAAUUAUCCAAGGAGAAUUCGGUUUUAUUACAGCCGAUGGAGUAUAUCAUGUAACAGUUUAUGCUACAGAUGAAAACGGAAAUUUUCGUAUUCUUAGCAUGAAAAAUAUCAGACUAAGCGGACCUCUAGAUCAACCGAAUGCAAAAGCGGCUGCCCCGGCUCCUCCACCAGUUAGAGUUGGAAAAACAAUCGACGUAAAUAAAGUGCAGACUCCUACAGAAGCACCGAAAACAGCAACAUCGCAUCAGUUCACUUUAACCAGAGCCUCUACAAUAAAACCAGGUUGCAGCGGUUGUGGUAUCGUAGCGCCAACCAAAACACCGCCAGCCCCUUCCCAAUUUCCAUCCAGAAAUGGAUUCGCAAAUGUAAAUAAUCAGCAGGGAUACAAUCCUCCUCCUGUUGCACAAAAUCCAAAAGUUCCUGCAAUAUCCGACUCAUUUUCCAACGUAAAUCAGGAAUCAAAUGCAAUUGCAAAUCCUCCUCAAUCGCCUCCAGAAUCACCAAAUCUAUCCGCCAACAGCCAGGAACCGCCUCAAGGGGGUGAUCUAUUCGUAAAUCCUUUACGUCCUCCUUACAACGCUCAAAAAUCUAGCUCACUUUCAUCCCCCAACAAUAAACAAAGUCCAUCAGUUACAUAUUCAAACAUUCCUCCACAAGUUGGCACAAGUCAAGGUGCAGGAAUUGACCAACCCCAACAAAAUCUCAUUUCAGAACCCCAAAAUCCGUACCAAUCAAACCCUGCUUUGGAAAGUACCAGUAUCAGUCCAUUACUUUCUGACCUGGGUCCACAACCAAUAGAAGAUUCUGAACGAUCUGGAAAACAACUGAGUUAUGAUAAAAAUAAUUUCUUUGACACAAAUAAUAGACAGGCACCGGGUAAUUCUCUCCAGCCACCUGGGCUUGAGGUAUUUAAGAAAAGUCCAGCUUUCCCAGAUCAGAAGAAGUCAGGAGAUAAUUAUGUGGGUAGCCCUGAAAAUAAUUUAUCGAAGGCGGAAGUAAUUAAUGGAGUGAUAAUGGUCCCAAAUAAUGAUCCAAUUCCAAUCAAAGACAAGUUUCUUGGUAUGGUUAAUGGACUUCCUCAAGGAAUAUCUGAGGGUGAUAUUGUUGAUCUACUGUACAAAUUUAAUUAUACAUUGUCUUUCCAUGGACAUUAUGAAAAAGGAUUAAAGAAUGGAGCUAAAAUUGGAGGAUAUUUCGUCAAUGGCCGAGAUGGCUUCAGUCGCAUUGUUACUUACAUUGCCGAUGAAAAUGGCUACAGACCUAAAUUUCAGUUGGUAAAUUUGGGAUUAAAUUCACCAGAUACUCCUAAAGAAGGUGACGAGAAAACAUUCGGCUUAAAGGGUUUCGAAUUCAUAUGGUAUCCAAUUAAAUAGUAACUUUUGAAAUCUUUUAAAUGAAUAUUUGGAUUCAACGAUUAUUCAGUGAAAGAAUCCUACCUGGUAGAACAUGUUUUUAGGAAUAAAGAUAAUGUGUUAACGUUUUUAACGAUUUAACUAAAUACAGUAGAACCCGAUAAGAUAAAGACCAAGGAAAACGUAAAAUAAUUUGAAUUAUUCAGGUUUUUACUUAC